GUCAGUCGAUCGGCGAACUUCGACCGCGAAGGUUGUCUGAACGGGCAGAAGGGGCAAUAGGUGCGAUGCGAACACUCAUCAUUUGCCAGGAUCGCGAUAUUUUACUUAUAAUUCAAUCUCAUGGAUCACUCGCUGAAAGACAACGAGACUUCGACGUCGAGUUCGAUUUUACACGCGAAUAAACGGCUUUUGGAGCUGGACCUCGAUUUUUUGGAAAGGAGAGGCGGAAACACAAUAAUCUAUGAAGGCGCCGAAAGCGGAUCGAAAGAGGAGGAUAGUCCUGCGGACACAUUAGAUCGCGUUAAAGUUGUCUUCCUAGGUGCACCCGGCGUGGGAAAGACAAGUAUAAUCCGACAAUUUGUCUGGAGUGAGUUCUCCGAGGAGUACAGACCAACCGAGAGACGAGAAACCUUCUACCCCAGCGUGGUGCUCGCCGAUCGGCUGUACGAAUUGAAGAUCACCGAUCUGCCGACUUUACCGUACUUCCCGGUCAGCUCGCAUCUGGAAUGGACGGACUUCCGUUACUGCGGACUGCGAAGCGCGACUGCGUACGUGCUGGUGUUUGAUCUCAGCAAUCAGGACACGUUUCAAGACUGGAACGUUUGUUCAGUACAUCAGGACAUUGCGCGAACAAAUCUACGAGGCGCGCGACAUGAGGGGUGUACCGUUGCUGGUGGUUGGGAACAAGCAAGACGAAUUGUCGCAGGCCGCCGCCUCAGGAACCAGAUAUCGGGACAUCGUAAACCUUGUUCGGAAACAUUGGAGAUGCGGUUACGUUGAGUGCAGCGCCAGAUUUAACUGCCGCGUGGUGCAGGUAUUUCGAGAACUGAUGAAAAGCAUUCAAGCAAUAGAGGGAAGACCAGCUUCGCCGUCACCCGCAGCUUUACAACCAAUGCGAUCCCUCCCACACGAUACCGGCGAGAAGUGCAUUCUUCUUUGACAUUGAGACUAACAAUAAAUGCUUUCCCUGCUACGAGCGACGAAUUCACGAGGAUCACGUAGAGAUUCUCCGAAUAGAUGAAUACAAGUUACCCGAUAGUCGUCGCUGAUUUAUACAACAUGGCAUGUUGUGUAUGUUCGGUCUCAAGCAAUGAAAUCAGAAACAGAGAAGCCUCCAUCGUCUGCAUCGCGAUCAACCGAUGUAAAGUCGUGAGCGAUAGAAAUCACGUGGAUGAUUUUUUCUAAGAUUGUAAGCCAAAAAUGCGUGCGUGAGACGCGCAAGAGAGCGGUUUUGAAAAAAAUAAGCGACAAUAAUAUAAUUGAGAUUUCCUACGGUGAACUUGUGGUAAUCAUAUGUAUCGAAGCGAUUUCUAUAAUCUAACUAAAAGUAAAUAAUUCGCAAAGUUUCUCCACACAAGUUGCGUGAAGAACCUAUCUCCUUGUGAUACCGCAUCUUUCGCAUUCGUACUUGUGUACGGAGAAAAAAGUUAUGUUUAUUUUAUACAAAUCGCGAAUUAUGAUAGCUUUUUGACGAAUUUAAUUUUCGACACUCUGUAAAUCGCCAGUAAAUUAUCGAGUUAUAAUUCAAGAUUCUUCGCAUUCAUACUCGUGUACGGAGAAAAAAUUAUGUUUAUUUUAUACAAAUUGCGAAUUAUGAUACCUGCUUUUUGACGAAUUUAAUUUUCGACACUCUAAAUCGCCAGCAAAUUAUCGAGUAAAAUUCAAGAUUUUUUUACUCUCUGGAAAGAAAAAAUCGUGCCAACGGUAUAAAAACAAACAAUUGACAAAUCAUGAAGUGCUCAUGAAGGAUGUUUGGAUACCAUGAAAGAUAGCGAAAUUAUCGUAUAUAUUAGGUGAGAGAAUAGCAAAAUGCAGCGCGAAGUUCUUUUCAAGAAGCUCAAUCUUUUCCUCGUGCUACAUUCGGCCUAAUAAUAUUGAUGCUGUAGGAGGUACUUGGAAAGGACGAAGCAAUAGUAUAUAUACGUACAUACAUAUUUUACUAUAUUGUUAAGAGUUAAUCGAUAAAUUAAUGUUAAUCAAGCUCAUCACGGGGAAAAUGUAGUUGUUAAAAUAUGAAAUGUUAUAAACAUAUACACGCACACACACACUUGCGCGCACACACACCUAGUGUAAUUUAUAUUAGUAUAUUGUUACUGUUUAUAUGUAUCCUAAGACAAAUGCAACGUGCACGUAUUAUAUUUUAGAUCCCGAAGUAAGGGUUGACGUCGUUAUUAAUAACGCAUCAUCGUUACAAUCAUCACGUGCCGUUAUUACGUAUGUGAAACACUAUAACUGUUAUAGCGGUGUUAUCAGUUUAUUAUUUAAUUGUUACAUUUGAGCACACCCGAUCAUACACGUUGAAUCACGCGAUGCAAGUCACGUGAAAAAUACGUAUAACGUUCGCUCAAUCGCAUGUAUGCCAAUUGCGAAUUAAUCACCGAAAACAUUUUGUAAUACGCAAACGCGUACUGUGGUUGAACAUUUAUACAAAUACUACAAAAAUAUCUGCUUUAUAUAUAUAUAAUAAAAUAAUUAUAUACAUAGUUAUUUUUUGGCCAUCUGUAAAAUAUUAUUAUUAUUGUAUUAUUGUAAUUAUUUAUUGUAGUAUGUUUAUUGCUGGAAUUAUAUUGUACAAUUAUACAUGUACAAUUAUAGUUUUUGAAUAAUUGUAUCUAGAAUGUUCUAAACCUAUUAAAAAUGUUUUUAAUUACAAA